CCAAGUGGACCGUGCGCGAGCUCGUUGCGCAGAGACCUUCGCCUAGGACGACCGAGCAUCGAUCCACAAAGGCAGAUCUCCCUCGUUCCUCGCUUCCUCCCAUUCCGAUCGUGAACUCACCGACGAGGUCGUUGGAUCUCGCCAUUUCUCCUGCCGGAUUUGCCUUCGGAUCCGUCGGCCGGGUGCACUCCGUUGCCUUCCCCUGUGUGGGAUCGCGUCUUGGAGAGAGGGCGGUCGACGUGGAUCUCCGUGCGAGUAUUCGCCAUGGCGAGCGCCGCAGCUGCUGGGUUCAUCACCAGGUCCCUCGAGGCCAUGCUCAAGGAGUGCACGGGGAAGAAGUUCCCCAACCUGCAGAGCUCCGUGCAGGCUUGUCUAGACAACAUGAAGGAGACUAAACAGGAAGUGGCUUCUGACAAGAAACAUGCUGCAAGCACGGCUGAGGAAGAAAGUGGCAGUGAUGGUGGUGAUGCCUCAUUGAAAGAAGGGGAUGGUCCAGUCACGUCUACUGAAAAUGAUUGUGUCACUAAGUCUCAGGAGAGCAGCGAACCUAUUAUAGCAGCUUUAGCAAAUGCUGGGCACACCUUAGACAGGGCUCAAACUGACCUUAUCUUAAAGCCACUGAGGCUCGCAUUUGAGACCAAAAAUAUAAAACUUUUGGAGCUUGCGCUUGACUGUAUUCAUAAACUUAUAGCUUAUGAUCAUUUAGAGGGUGAUCCUGGACUGGAAGGUGGCCAAAAUGCUACUUUAUUUACAGAUAUUCUCAACAUGGUCUGUGGCUGUGUUGAUAAUUCAUCAUCUGAUAGUACCAUAGUACAAGUUUUGCAGGCACUUCUAACUGCUGUAUCAUCGACGAGAUUUAGAGUUCAUGGAGAACCCUUGCUGGGAGUCAUUAGAGUAUGCUAUAACAUUGCUCUCAACAGUAAGAGUUUAGUAAAUCAGGCCACGUCAAAAGCAAUGCUAACCCAAAUGAUCAGUAUUGUAUUUCGACGAAUGGAAACUGAUCAGGUUCCUGUAUCAUCUAGUAUUGUGCAUGCUGCAGCUAGCAACACUAGCGCUGAGACAGUAGAAAUAUCUAGUAAUGAAAAAGAUGAGAAAAAUAGUGUGGCAGAUGCAUUAUCCAAGAAGCAUGAAAAUGACACCUCUCCAUCUUUAGAGGAGUUUCAGAAUUUGGCUGGUGGUGCUGAUAUCAAGGGUUUAGAGGCUGUUCUUGACCAAGCUGUUCAGCUUGAGGAUGGAAAGAAAGUUUCAGAAGGAAUUAGUGUAGAGAGCAUGACUGUGAUGCAGAAUGAUGCUUUGUUGCUGUUUCGAACACUGUGCAAGAUGGGGAUGAAAGAAGAGAGUGAUGAGGUGACCACCAAGACAAGGCUGUUGUCUCUUGAGCUUUUGCAGGGUUUGCUGGAAGGAGUGGACCAUUCCUUCACAAAAAACUUCCAUUUUAUUGACUCUGUUAAGGCAUAUCUUUCUUAUGCUUUAUUGCGAGCUUCUGUUUCUUCGUCUCCUCAGGUCUUUCAGUAUGCAACUGGAAUAUUUGCUGUUCUUUUGCUUCGUUUUAGGGAAAGUCUUAAGGGAGAAAUUGGCAUCUUUUUUCCAUUGAUAAUUUUAAAAUCACUGGAAAGCAAUGAGAGUACACUUAGCCAAAGAACAAGUGUUCUCCGGAUGCUUGAGAAAGUGUGCAAGGACUCACAAAUGCUUGCAGACAUAUUCGUGAACUAUGAUUGUGAUCUUCAAGCACCAAACCUUUUCGAACGCACGGUAAACGCGCUGUCAAAGAUAGCACAAGGAACUGUAACUACAGAUCCAAACUCAGUUACUGCUUCACAGAUUGCUUCUGCUAAAGGUUCAUCUCUUCAGUGCUUGGUGAGUGUGCUCAAAUCACUGGUUGAUUGGGAGAAGCUUAAACGAGAAUCCGAUAAGCACACUAAUAUAAUCCGGUCUCUUGAAGAGGAAGUUUCAGGUAGAGAUGUUGCUUCAAUUAAUGAGCAGAAGAAUACUGAUGACGGAUUAAAUCAAUUUGAAAAGGCUAAAGCUCACAAAUCCACAAUGGAAGCAGCCAUCUUAGAGUUCAACCGAAAGCCUGCAAAAGGGAUAGAGUUUUUAUUGGCUAACAAGUUGGUUGAGAGUAAAGCUUCUGCAAUAGCUCAAUUCCUGAAGAGCACUCCUAAUUUGGAUAAGGCAAUGAUUGGUGAAUAUUUAGGCCAGCAUGAGGAACUCCCUCUUUCUGUUAUGCAUUCAUAUGUUGAUUCCAUGAAAUUCUCAGGAUUGAAGUUUGAUACUGCAAUUCGUGAAUUCUUAACUGGAUUUCGACUUCCUGGUGAAGCACAGAAAAUUGAUAGGAUCAUGGAAAAGUUUGCUGAGCGUUACUGUGCUGAUAAUCCUGGCCUUUUCAAGAAUGCAGAUACUGCUUAUGUUCUUGCAUAUGCAGUUAUAAUGUUAAAUACCGAUGCUCACAAUCCAAUGGUUUGGCCAAAAAUGUCAAAAUCUGAUUUUAUACGUAUGAAUUCUGUCAGUGAUGUGGAAGAGUGUGCACCACAGGAGCUCCUAGAGCAGAUAUAUGAUUCAAUUGUUAAAGAAGAGAUAAAGAUGAAAGAUGAUACACCUGAUGCAGCUAAAAGCAGCAGACAGAGACCAGAAACAGAAGAGCAAGGCCGCCUUGUCAAUAUUCUCAAUUUAACUCUUCCUAAGAAGAAAAAUGGGUUUGAUACUAAAGCAGAAAGUGAGAAAAUAAAGAAACAAAUACAGAACCUUUUCAAAAAUAAAGGCGAAAAAAGAGGUGUCUUUUAUACCGCUCAGCUGGUUGAACUAGUUAGACCAAUGCUUGAAGCUGUUGGAUGGCCUCUUCUCGCAACAUUUUCUGUAACAAUGGAGGAAGGGGAUAAUAAACCCAGAGUUAUUCUUUGCAUGGAGGGUUUCAGAGCUGGCAUACAUCUAACACGAGUUCUUGGGAUGGAUACGAUGCGUUAUGCUUUCCUAACAUCAUUAGUACGAUUUACAUUCUUGCAUGCUCCAAAGGAGAUGCGAAGUAAAAAUGUGGAAGCAUUGCGGACACUGCUUAUUCUAUGUGAUAUAGACACUGAUUCACUACAAGACACCUGGAAUGCUGUCUUGGAAUGUGUAUCACGGCUAGAAUAUAUCACUUCGACCCCAUCCAUUGCUAUAACUGUGAUGCAGGGUUCAAAUCAAAUAUCAAGGGAUGCAGUUCUUCAGUCUCUUAAAGAGUUGGCUGGAAAACCAGCAGAGCAAGUCUUUGUGAACAGUGUAAAAUUGCCUAGUGAUUCAAUUGUGGAGUUCUUUACUGCUCUUUGUGGUGUUUCUGCUGAAGAAUUGAAACAAACACCUGCCCGAGUCUUCAGCUUACAGAAGCUUGUUGAGAUAAGCUAUUACAAUAUGGCUCGCAUUCGGCUGGUAUGGGCUAGAAUAUGGUCUGUCUUGGCCCAACACUUCAUUUCCGCUGGUAGCCAUCGUGAGGAAAAAGUUGCUAUGUAUGCCAUCGAUUCACUGAGACAACUUGGUAUGAAGUAUCUGGAGCGUGCUGAGCUGACCAACUUCACCUUCCAAAAUGACAUUUUGAAACCUUUUGUCAUUCUUAUGCGGAAUAGCCACAAUGAAAAAAUCCGCAGUCUAAUUGUUGAUUGCAUUGUUCAGAUGAUUAAAUCAAAGGUGGGUAGCAUUAAAUCAGGCUGGCGGAGUGUGUUCAUGAUCUUCACUGCAGCAGCAGAUGAUGAAUUGGAAUCGAUUGUUGAUAGUGCAUUUGAAAAUGUUGAACAAGUUAUCUUGGAACACUUUGACCAGGUUGUUGGUGACUGCUUUAUGGAUUGUGUGAAUUGCCUCAUUCGUUUUGCGAAUAACAAAAUUUCUCCUCGCAUAAGCUUGAAAGCAAUUGCUCUUCUCCGUAUAUGUGAAGAUCGGCUUGCUGAGGGAUUUAUACCUGGUGGAGCCCUGAAACCAGUGGACGGUGGGCUAGAAUCAAGCUUUGAUAUAACAGAGCAUUACUGGUUUCCUAUGUUAGCUGGAUUAUCUGAUCUAACAUUGGACUCCAGAUUAGAAGUUCGAAACUGUGCACUAGAGGUGCUGUUUGAUUUGCUGAAUGAGAGAGGAAGGAAAUUUUCCUCUGCUUUCUGGGAGAGUAUUUUUCAUCGGGUCCUUUUCCCAAUAUUUGACCAUGUACGACAUGCUGGUAGAGAUGGUAUUGCCUCCACUGAUGAGGAAUGGCUUAGGGAAACUAGCAUCCAUUCACUCCAGUUGCUCUGCAACCUUUUCAAUACUUUCUAUACGGAAGUUUCUUUUAUGCUCCCACCACUUCUGGGAUUUCUUCUUGAUUGUGCCAAGAAAACAGAUCAGAGCGUGGUUUCCAUUUCACUGGGAGCCCUUGUACAUCUUAUUGAGGUUGGGGGUCAUCAAUUUAAUGAUAGUGAUUGGGAUACUUUGUUAAAAAGCAUUAGAGAUGCAUCCUACGCAACUCAACCUCUUGAGCUUCUCAAUUCUUUGGGAUUUGUAAACUCAAACAACCAGACAGUCGUAUCAAAAGAUUCAGAAGCUAAAGACAGUGACAGUCCAUUUAAAACCCUUGACGAUAGGAAGGAAGAGGGAGUCUUGGAGAACCGAUACUUAUCUAUUAAUCCUGAAGACUCUGGGCAAGCAAUCAGCACAACUAAGGAUCAUCAGGGUAGUAGCAAUCUCCCAACCAACUUAGAGGAAUCUAAUGGUGGCUCACCUAAGCCUGCUGAAGCUUCAGAUUUCCAGCGUAGUCAAACAUUUGGUCAAAGGUUUAUGGAUAAUCUUCUUCUUCGAAAUCUCACGUCUAAACCAAAGAACCGCACAAUUGAUGCUGGCUCAGCUUCACCUACAAAGAGUAUUGAUGUCGCAGAAUCCAUUCCCGAUGAUAGUGAUGAUGAAGAAAAUUCAAUGACGGAGACUAUUAAAGGAAAAUGCAUUACCCAACUACUAUUAUUAGGUGUUAUUGAUAUCAUACAGAAGAAAUACUGGAACAAGUUGAACACCCAUCAUAAGAUCGCAGUUAUGGACAUCUUGCUGUCUCUUGUGGAGUUUGCUUCUACAUAUAAUUCACCAUCAAAUCUAAUAAUACGCAUGCAGUACCUACCCACAGAAAGACUACCACUAAAUCUUCUCCGCCAGGAAAUGAGAGGAACUUCCAUUUAUUUAGAAAUUUUACACAAGUCAACUGGAACAGAUAAUAAUAACAACAGUCAUGAACCGCUGAAUUCUGAAGAGAAGCUCUUAAGUGCAGCGGAGGAGAAACUGGUCUCUUUCUGUGGUCAGAUUUUAAAGGAGGCUUCUGAUCUCAAACCAAGUACAGGGGAGGCUGGUAGCGCAAACAUUCAUCGAGUACUUGACCUGAGAGCACCAGUUAUUGUUAAGGUACUUAAAGGAAUGUGCUCUAUGAAUAACCUCAUCUUCAGAAGGCACCUCAGAGAGUUCUAUCCUCUAAUCACGAAACUUGUCUGUUGUGAUCAGAUGGAGGUUCGUGGAGCCGUUGGAGAUCUCUUCAGUACACAGCUCACUCCCCUUCUGCCAUAACAUAUGUUUCUACUCUAUUUCGACCGUACAACGUUGCAAUUUUUCAGUAGCUGCCAUGUGAAGUAGAAACUCUUCGAAGAUGUUUAUCCUAUCGAACAGGGUGCCAAUAGUUUUUGGUGUAUGCCUUCCUGGAUACCAUAAACAACCAGCAUAGAAGAGGGAAUGCUAGUUUGGGUAGAUCUGCUGAAAUAUAUGGCGUGUCAAAUUGCUCGAUAGUUUUUUCAGUAUCCAGGGUUUAUUUUUUUGUGAAGGCUUGGUUCGCCUCAUUUAGGCCUAGCUCAUCCGUAAGCUCUUUAGAAACGGGGUUUUGGCAUCUAAAUAACCUUUUCAUUCACAAUUUCUCUUCACCUUUUGAUUCUUGCAACACUCACUCUUUUUCCAUGCAAUAGUUUUGUGCAUAUUGAAUAAUUCAACGAGCAAAAGAGUGUUAUUUUUUAAUCUUAUCAUACUAUGUCAUCAUUUUUCACGAUGU